GUGCAGGCCACAGUUUGCUUUUGCUUGGAGGGGUGUCCAGUUCACUUGGAACCGACUGCCCCAGGGGUGGAAACACAGCCCUACCAUUUGCCAUGGACUGAUCCAGACUGCACUGGAACAGGGGCAAGCUCCAGAACACCUGCAAUACAUUGAUGACUUUAUUGUGUGGGGCGAUACAGUGGAAGAAGUCUUUGAGAAAGGGAGGAAAAUAAUCCAAAUCCUGCUGAAAGCCGGUUUUGCCAUAAAACGGAGUAAGGUCAAGGGACCUUCACAGGAGAUUCAAUUUUUGGGAAUAAAAUGGUAAGAUGGACGUAGACAGAUCCCCACAGAUGUGAUCAACAAGAUAACAGCAAUGUCUCCACCAACUAAUAAGAAAGAAACGCAAGCUUUCUUGGGUGCUGUGGGGUUCUGGAGAAUGCACAUCCCAAAUUACAGUUCGAUUGUAAGCCCUCUCUAUCAUGUGACCCAGAAGAAGAAUGAUUUUUAAAUGGGGCCCUGAGCAGCAACAAGCCUUUGAGCAAAUUAAACGCGAGAUAGUUCAUGCAGUGGCCCUUGGACCAGUCCAGACCGGGCCAGAUGUAAAAAAUGUACUGUACACUGCAGCUGGGGAGAACGGUCCUACCUGGAGCCUCUGGCAGAAAGCUCCAGGGGAGACUCGAGGUCGACCCCUCGGCUUUUGGAGUCGGGGAUAUAAAGGAUCUGAGGCCAGCUAUACCCCAACUGAGAAAGAGAUACUGGCAGCCUAUGAAGGGGUUCGAGCUGCUUCGGAAGUGAUUGGCACUGAAGCACAGCUCCUCCUGGCACCCCGGUUGCCCGUGCUGGGCUGGAUGUUCAAAGGCAGGGUCUCCUCUACACAUCAUGCAACUGAUGUUACAUGGAGUAAAUGGGCUGCACUAAUUACACAACGAACUCGAAUAGGAAAUCUCAGUCAUCCAGGCAUUCUAGAAGUCAUCAUGGACUGGCCAGAGGGCAAAGAUUUCAGAAUGUCACCAGAGGAGGAAGUGGUGAGUGCUGAAGAGGCCCCACCAUAUAAUAAACUGUCAGAAAGUGAAAAGCAGUAUGCCUUGUUUACUAAUGGCUCUUGCCGUAUUGUGGGAAAGCAUUGGAGAUGGAAGGCAGCUGUAUGGAGUCCUGGACGACAAGUUGCAGAAACUGCUGACGGAGAGGGUGAAUCGAGUCAGUUUGCCGAGGUGAAAGCCAUCCAGCUGGCCCUGGACAUUGCUGAAGGAGAAAAGUGGCCAGUACUUUAUCUCUAUACUGACUCAUGGAUGGUGGCAAAUGCCCUGUGGGGGUGGUUGAAGCAAUGGAACAGAGCAACUGGCAACGCAGAGGUAAACCCAUCUGGGCUGCUGCACUGUGGAAAGAUAUUGCUGCCCGGGUGCAGAACCUGGUGGUGAAGGUACGUCAUGUAGAUGCCCAUGUACCCAAGAGUCAGGCCACUGAGGAACACCAGAACAACCAACAAGUGGAUAAAGUGGCUAAGAUUGAAGUGGCUCAGAUGGACUUAGAUUAGCAACAUAAAGGUGAAUUAUUUUUGGCCCGGUGGGCCCAUGACACCUCAGGCCAUCAGGGCAGAGAUGCAACAUAUAGAUGGGCUCAUGAUUGAGGGAUGGACUCAUGAUCGAGGGGUGGACUUAGCGAUGGACACUAUUGCCCAGGUUAUUCACGAGUGUGAACACUGCACAGUCUCUCCUGCUCUGGAAGACUGUUACAAGAGAUGGAGCCUGACGUCAUGGA